AUGCAAGCAUGCCUUUCUUGCGAAGUUUUUCCCACGUCAAGAACUGCUCAGCUAAGGAACAACAUUGCGAGUUUCACUCAACUCACCGGUGAAACAUUCUCAGAGGCAUAUGAGCGAUUCAAGGGAUAUCAAAUGAAGUGUCCUCAUCACGGCUUCUCCAAAGAGAACUUACUAAGCACGUUAUACAGAGGAGUCUCCCCUAAGUACAAGAUGCAUUUGGAUUCAGCUAGUAAGGGUCAUUUUAUGGGCAUGGAUGUAGAGAUGGGCUCGCUUUGGUGGAGAAUGUUGCUCUUAGUGAUGGAAACUAUCCAGAGGAGUAUGAUCGAAGUGAUAGAGGAGAUAGCUCAGUCAAUGAUGAGAAGCACAAGAAGGAGAUCAAAGACAUUGAAUGACAAGCUUGACAAGAUCUUGACUGGCCAACAAAAGCAAGUUCACUUUGUUUGUGAGGAUGAUGUGAACCAAGAGGGGGAGGACCAACAAACUGAGGAAGUGUGCUAUAUGAGUAAUCAGGGAGGUUACUACAAAGGGUUACAACACAAACAACAACACGAACCUCUCUUACCGCAGCACCAAUGUGGAGAAUCCACAAGACCAGGUCUACCCACCUCAACAAAACCAAAAUCAAGGGGGCCAACAAACUGUUUACUUCAAGCGUGGUUACCCACCAAAGGUUUUUGGAAUCAGAACCAAGGCUCAACUCAAGCUCAAGCAGGGAGCAACUCAAGUCAAGACUCAGAUAUGAAGACCAUGCUUCAACAAUUAAUCAAAGGGCCAAACAAGUGGUUCAACACUUGGAAGCUAAGAGCCACAACAUACCUUCCUCUUCCAAAGGGAAUGCUUCCUGGAAAAGCAAUCGCAAACCCAAAGGAGUAUGUCCAAGCAAUUACUCUUAAGAGUGGGAGAGUUCUUCCGGAGAGAGUGGUACCAUCAAGACGCAACGAGGACGUUGCGAUUCAAGAGGAGGAGGAGUCAGUCGACAUUGAAGCUGAGGAGAGUUGA